UCCUCAGCCUCUACCGUCAAUGGCUUUGAUUCCGACUCCGGCUUCAUCAUCUCCGGCAUAGACUCCGACGCCUAGGUUAAGGAUUGUGAAUUGCCCAAAUUACCCAGAUCUUUGCUUGUUUAUCAUAUAUCGCGAGAAGAAAUUACUGUCUCUGAUGGCCGAGAAUCGCACAAAGCUACAAUCAAACCCUCAAAGCAGUAAUCUUACAAUCUGGCUGACUGAGAGACGAAGUAGCUGAGAACGUACGAUUCUAAAUGCACAUUUCCAUACAGUUCCUCAGGCAGGUUAAUUAUGGAUGGUACUUCCACCCAAGGAUUUAGUUCAAACAGAAUAUAUAGGCGUUGGUUAGCUGAAACCUUUGAUGGUCAUGACACGGCGGAAGAUGAGCUAUCAGAUGGUCUAAAUGGAAAUAAUGAUUUCGUUGAACCAUCUCUUAAAAGUUUACCUUUAAGUUUGGAACCCUUAGAACCAUAUGUUGGCUUGGAGUUUGAAACAGCAGAGGAUGCUAGAGAAUUUUAUGAGCUGUAUGGAAGGCGUGUGGGCUUCACCAUAAGGAAUAAUCGCACACGCCGCUCUCUUAAAGACAACUCAAUAAUUGGUCGGGAGUUUGUUUGUUCAAAAGAAGGUUUUCGUUCCGAAAAAUAUCCAGACAAAGUAAACAGAGUUCUUGUAUCACGGGCAGCCACCAGAGAGGGAUGCAACGCAAUGUUGAGGAUAGCUGCCAAAGAUGGAGGAAAGUGGGUCAUAUAUGGCUUUGUAAAAGAGCAUAAUCAUGAGCUUAAUCCUACCAAAAUGCCACCCCGGCGAUCUCAUAGGAUUGCAUUCUGCGAGGAUGAGAAGGAUCUUAAGAUCAGGGAACUAUCCACAGAGUUGCACCGGGAGAGAAAAAAAUCUUCGGCUUAUCAAGAACAGCUACAGAUGAUUUUGAAAUAUGUUGAGGAACAUACGCAGCGGAUAUCAUUGAAUGUUGAUGUUGUAUUUAACAAUGUGAGAGAACUUGAAUCCGAAGAGCAAGACGAUCUGGACUCUGACUAGAAUGAAUGAUUUUUUUGAACCAUUUCUGUUCUUGAUAAUUAAUCAGCUGUGCUUCUCGUUUCUUCCUACUUUAUAUUAUCAUUUUGACUUCUAAGGUUCAUAUUGUUCAGCUUGUUUGCCACUGAGGGUUGGCAAAUACCAGUAUUGUUGUCUUUUGGAAGUCAUUUCCUAUCCAACAAAGGCAGGCCUAUUCUUCUGAAACGAGAAGUUAUGAUAAUUCAAAAA